AUGGCUGCCAUCAAGGCUCUGGAGCAGUGGUGCAAAGUGCAAUGCGAAGGAUACCGAGAUGUGGCCAUCACCAACAUGACCACUUCAUUUCGGAACGGAAUGGCUUUCUGUGCGCUCAUCCACAAGUACAGACCGGAUCUGAUAGAUUAUGAGUCACUCAGAAAGGAGGAUGUGUUUGAGAACAACAGGCUGGCUUUCCAGAUUGCAGAGGACAAGUUGGGGAUUCCAGCUUUGUUAGAUGCAGAGGACAUGGUGGCUUUAAGGAUCCCAGACAGACUCAGCAUUCUUACCUACGUCUCCCAGUACUACAAUUACUUUAAAGGACGACCUCCUAUGGGAGGUGUAAAAAGGCCAGCAGAGGGCUCCAAGGAAGAGCCAUCAGAGAAGAAAAAUCUGCCAGUGGUUGCCAAAACCUUUGUCUCUAAAGCUGCCAUUGAGAAUCGUUUACCUCCUACACUUAAAGAUCAGACCUCGCCCAAGUUGGCCAGAGCUGCUGUUCAGAAGGUGGUUCUGACUGAAAGUGCCAACAAAAGUGGGACACUGAAUAGCAAAUGUGUUGCGUGCAAAAGCCACGUUCAUCUGGUCCAGAGACACUUUGUGGAAGGCAAACUCUAUCACAGAAGCUGCUUCAAAUGCAGCGAAUGCUCCAGUGUUCUUCACCCAGGAGGCUACAAACCUGGGAAGGACCCAGACUCCUUUGUAUGCACUUCCCACCAGAACAGUUGCAAACCAUCCUCCUCAAAGGCUGGGACCAGAAAUGGACCUGUCAUCUCAUCCGGCCAAAGCCAGACGACACCAAGCCCCUCAUCUGUUCUGUCUGCCCCGUUGAAUAUUGUACUGAAGCCAGUCAGUCCUCCUCCGCCCUCGCAGUCCUGGACCGCCUCAGCCCAGAAGACCCAGGCAGCCCGGCAGAGGUUUUUCCAGGCUGCGCCGCCAAUCACAGAACCCUCUACAAGCAACAGUAAGCCCGCAGGACCGGCAAAUGUUUUAGGGAGGGCGAAGGCGAAGAUCCCGCUAAGUUUUGACGAAGACAAGAGCCGAGCCAAGACAACGACUGGAAAGAAACUAGCGGAGGAAAACUGCAACAAUAAUAACAAGAGGCCGUUCAACAUCAGAUCAGCAGACAGACGGUUUGGAGAUGAGCCAAGUUCUGCUGACAGCCCCAGUUUGAGAUGGGAUAAAUGCAGCCAAGGCCCAGCAGGAAACUGGGCAGGACGACUCUCCACCGGCCAGACAAACAAUAAGGAAUCGCCAUGUCGGGAGGCCAUCAACAAAGACAACACAAGGCCAACAACUGUACACACAACCGCCAAAGGUGCUAUUUACGAGUGGCAAACAAAACCCAAACCUGUGAAAACUGAUCAAGGAAUAAAAGAUGCUGAAAUGGUCAUAACAGAGCAACGUAAACCUGGCUUCGUGUCCACGGCUUCCUCUAAUGUCACAAUAAGUAGAACAAGGCCUCCCUCUGCUCCAGCAUCUGCCGUCCCUCCAGUUAACGUUGCUCCGUUCAGACCUGCACAAUUAAUGGAUGUUUCACCCCAGACCCCUCAGUCCAACAUGGGUGUUAAACAUGGGAAUCACCCGCCUGUAAAAUCCCCACCCAGACGGCCAGCUGUGGAAUCUAUUAGCUCUUCAACCACUGCUCCAGCCAAUCACGGAAAUCCGUCAGGUGCUAAAAAGGGAAAGUAUUUGUCACCCACCAACGCCUCCAAGACUGAAAUGAGGUCACCCUCUGUGAAGUCUUAUCAUAUCCCAGUGCUGCAGAUUGAGAGGGAACUGAAUGAUAUUGAGACAAACUUGGCUCAGCUGGAGAGGGAGGGUGUGGAGCUGGAAAAGAAACUCCGCAGCUGUGAACAAGAGGGAGAAGGGGACAUCCUGAUGGACCCACUGAUGGUCGACUGGUUCAACCUCAUCCGAAAAAAGCAGAUGUACAUUAGAAAAGAGUCCGAGCUCGUCUACAUAGCCAGGACUCAGGAGCUGGAGAAGCAGCAGCCAGGUGUGGAGUGGGAACUUCGCAGGCUACUGGAAAAACCAGAUCAUUUAAAGUCCAGGGAGGAACAACAGCGAGAGAAAAAGCUAAUGCAGAGACUGGUUGAAAUUGUGGACGGCAGAAAUGCAAUCGUGGAAGGUCUGGAUGAAGACAGACUGAGGGAGUUUGAAGAAGACCAAGAGUUAAAUGAAAUGAUGAAAAAUCUCGGGGUAAAGAAAGCCAAAACUAAGAGGAAAUCCUCCAUCUCCAAACUGUUCAGGCGAAGAAGUAAAAGACGAGUGGAGUGAUUAUUUUUACAAAACUGGAAAAAAAAAAGUGGAAAAGUUCAUGUAUUAUUAAUGCUUUUUUUUUUUUUUUUUUUACAGUUUUAUAUGUAUAUAUAACUGCAGCAAUACAUGGUGCGUUAACAGGAAGGCAAAGGAAAAGAUGUCAGACUAGGAAGCAAACUGUAAUAAAUGAUUUGUUUGUCUCUGGUUGUGGUUUCAGAAAAUGUCUAAUUAAAUGUUAUGUUUGUUGAAGAUUCAUCUUCAGAUCUAGGUUUGCUGUCACUUAUGUAAAAUGACUGCUUUCUCUAUGUGAUUCUGUGUUUUCACUUUGUUUUUUUGUUUUUUUAAAGAAGAAGGGAUUUAAUUAUGUUCAUGAAAUUGAAAACACUAUUAUGGUCAUUUGGUUUAUUUGUCUUUCACAACAGUCACAGGACAAAUACCCCCACUGAUGGAUAUGAUGUUUUUUUUAUGUAUAAUGGGUCAAAACAAAUACAUGUUUAGAGUUUGCAUCAUAAACUAUAGUGGUUUCCAAAUUACAGACUGUUUUAUAAUAUAAAAUAAGGAUCCUGCAGUGUGUAAUCCUUCAACAGUCUUGAUCCAGAAUGAAAUUGGUUCAGUGUUUAUUAAAAAACGGAUUUUAAUAAAUUUCCUUUAAGGAUAUUAGCAGGAAAAAAAAAAAAAAAAAGCCUUGACAA